GUGAGUGAGCCGAGGGAGGAGGGACUAUAACAGCACAAGUCACUCCUAAACUUCAACACAUUGUCGUCUUCGCCUCUCAUCGGAAGAUUUUAAAAACUUCAUCUGAAAGGAAACAGAUCGCCGUCAGCCAUGGGUGUAGAGGGGGGAAUGAAAUGUGUCAAGUACCUGCUCUUCAUUUUCAACUUCAUUUUCUGGUUAUGUGGCCUAGCACUGAUUAUUGUGGGAAUCCUGGUUCAAGUGGGUUUGCACAACACCUUAAAGAUCCGUGAUGCGUCGGCCUCAGGAGUGCCCAUCCUACUCAUCGCAGUCGGCGUGGUGAUUUUCUUCAUCUCUUUCUUCGGUUGCUGCGGUGCCUGGAAGGAGAAUUACUGCAUGGUUACCACGUUUGCCAUCCUUCUCUUUCUGAUCAUUCUUAUUGAGAUCGCAGCUGCCAUCGCCGGAUACAUCUACAGAAACAAACUCUCAGCUGUCGUCGAGGACAGUCUCACUGACAUGAUAAACAGCUACAAGAACGGCACAGCUGAUUUCCAAAAGAGCGUGGAUAAACUGCAGGAGGAUUUGAAAUGCUGCGGUGGGAACAGCUCCUCUGACUGGAGAAACUUUGGCCCUGAUGGAAAGACGGUGCCUGACUCAUGCUGCAUCAAAGUCUCUCCAAAAUGUGGAGUCGGAGCCAUGACAGACGCCGCCAAAGUGCACCAGAAGGGUUGCCAUGACUCCUUUGAGGCUUUACUGAAGAAAAACCUCCUUUGGGUGAUAGUCGCGGCUCUGGUCAUUGCUUUCCUGCAGAUUUUGGGCAUCGUGUUCGCCUGCGUGUUGAUGAGAGGCAUCCGCAGCGGCUACGAAGUCAUGUGAUUCAGCUCCACACCUGAGUAGCUCGUGUCGCCCCGAUUAGGAGCUUCAUUUGAAAACUUUUAAUAUGUUCAUCCUAUACUUCAGAUAUAAUGCACAGAACAAUAUAUUUUCACUUGUUUUGAUUUUGGAUUAUAUUUUCUUAGGUUGAUGUCUCUGCUUUGAAACUGUACUUAGGAAACUGUAGGAAAGAUGAAUGUCCAAAUUGUUGUCAGCAUUUUUUCUUGCUGGUUGUGAGGGAUUCUAACAUCUUAAACUUUACUCAUGUUAAGAGACUUAAGAUCGGUUUUUAUGUUUUGCUGGUUCCUAGAGUCUGCUUUUAUUAAAGACUCUUUAAAUUCUGUCUGAAAUUUGAAAAUUGUAAAUAAAAACAGGGGAAACUAA